CUUACCUUUCACAACACAGCCAGCAAUGUUAGCAUUUCAACGGUUACUUGCCAGACCCUUGGGUGCUGUCGCUACCAAGGCAUCUCCAGCAGCCUACGCGUGCUGUGCCACCCGUCUAUACGCUACCACCGACAAUGGCAAUCGAUUCCGUCAAGCUGGCCUUACAAAAGAAAAUCUACCUCAACUGAGCAAAGUUGACUCGAUUCUUGAUUUCACCGAACUGUCCAAGGAUAAAUCGCUCGACCAGACAAAACUUUUCCCAACCCACCGUCCAACAGAAGCUGUCAUGAACACUGUCACCGAAAUUGUCGAUACGCCCCUGUCGACGGUUGAGCAGGCUCGUCUUUUGAAAAAGACACUUGUUUUGAAGCGCGUUGUCAACAUGAACGGCAAGGGUAAACAGCCCUCGAUGUAUGCACUUGUUGUGGUUGGCAACGGAAAGGGUUUGGCUGGUUAUGGCGAGGGCAAAGACGAAGAACCCAGCAGAGCCAUUUUCAAGGCUACCAACAGAGCCAUCAAGAACAUUCGCUUCUUUGAUCGCUACGACGACCGAACUAUUUCAAUGGACAUCGAGCACAAAUUCCAUGCCACAAAGCUUGAAUUGCGAAGCAGACCACCAGGAUUUGGAUGCCGUGCGAACCAUCACAUCCACGAGGUCUGUCGAUGCAUUGGUAUUCAAGAUUUGAGCGGAAAGGUCCGUGGCUCACGGAAACCCAUGAACGUGAUAAAGGCAACAUUCGAAGCUUUAUCUAACCAAAAAAUGCCUGAAGAUAUUGCAAAGAUGCGUGGAAAGAAACUGGUCGAUGUCCAGAACAUUUACUACGGAAGCCAUUAAAUAGACUUGUACAAUUAAAAAACCCCCUCCCAUUUUCUCCUUAUCUACAAUACAACUCAUAAACAUAGUUCUUCUUUUUCUUCUUUGAUAUUCAUCAAUAAUUCUGUAUCCAUACGAAUCUGGUGUGAGA